AUGACCUCCAUUAUCAAAUUGACUACGCUCUCAGGGGUUCAGGAGGAAUCUGCUCUCUGCUAUCUGCUGCAGGUAGACGAGUUUCGUUUUUUAUUGGACUGUGGCUGGGAUGAGAAUUUUUCAAUGGAUAUCAUUGAUUCUCUAAGGAAAUAUGUACACCAGGUUGAUGCAGUGCUACUUUCUCACCCUGAUCCUCUACAUCUUGGUGCUCUCCCAUAUGCAGUUGGAAAAAUGGGUUUAAAUUGUGCUAUUUAUGCAACCAUUCCUGUGUAUAAAAUGGGACAAAUGUUUAUGUAUGAUCUCUAUCAGUCUCGCCACAAUACAGAAGAUUUCACUCUCUUUACAUUGGAUGAUGUAGAUGCAGCUUUUGAUAAAAUACAGCAGCUCAAGUUCUCUCAGAUUGUGAACUUGAAAGGGAAAGGGCAUGGUCUUUCUAUUACACCACUGCCGGCUGGUCACAUGAUAGGAGGCACAAUUUGGAAGAUUGUCAAAGAUGGAGAAGAAGAAAUUGUAUAUGCUGUUGACUUCAACCACAAGAGGGAGAUCCAUUUAAAUGGAUGUUCUCUGGAAAUGUUGAGCAGGCCUUCGCUGCUUAUCACAGAUUCCUUUAAUGCUACUUAUGUACAACCCAGACGGAAGCAAAGAGAUGAACAACUGUUAACCAAUGUCUUGGAGACGUUGCGAGGUGAUGGAAAUGUGUUAAUAGCCGUGGAUACAGCAGGCAGAGUUCUGGAACUUGCCCAACUUCUUGAUCAGAUUUGGAGAACAAAAGAUGCAGGAUUAGGAGUCUACUCUUUAGCACUUUUAAAUAAUGUCAGCUACAAUGUAGUGGAGUUUUCUAAAUCACAGGUUGAAUGGAUGAGUGACAAACUGAUGAGGUGUUUUGAAGACAAGAGGAACAAUCCAUUUCAAUUCCGCCAUCUCUCAUUAUGUCAUGGUCUUUCUGACCUGGCUCGAGUGCCUAGCCCAAAAGUCGUGCUUGCCAGCCAGCCUGAUUUGGAAUGUGGGUUUUCAAGAGAUCUCUUUAUACAGUGGUGUCAGGAUUCCAAAAACUCUGUCAUUUUAACUUAUAGGACCACACCUGGGACACUAGCACGAUUUCUUAUAGAUAACCCUUCUGAAAAAGUUAUAGAUAUAGAGUUGAGGAAACGUGUCAAACUUGAAGGGAAGGAACUUGAGGAGUACCUAGAAAAGGAGAAACUAAAGAAAGAAGCAGCUAAAAAGUUAGAACAGUCCAAAGAGGUAGAUAUUGAUUCCAGUGAUGAGAGUGAUGUUGAAGAGGAUAUUGAUCAGCCAUCAGUGCAUAAAACUAAACAUGACUUGAUGAUGAAAGGUGAAGGAAGCCGAAAAGGAAGCUUCUUCAAACAGGCCAAGAAGUCUUAUCCGAUGUUUCCAGCCCCAGAAGAAAGAAUUAAAUGGGAUGAAUACGGGGAGAUUAUCAAGCCUGAGGAUUUCCUAGUUCCAGAGCUUCAAGCAACUGAAGAAGAAAAGAGUAAAUUAGAAUCUGGUCUGACAAAUGGAGAUGAGCCUAUGGACCAAGAUUUAUCAGAUGUUCCUACCAAAUGUAUUUCAGCAACAGAAUCAAUGGAAAUAAAAGCCAGAGUUACAUACAUAGACUAUGAAGGACGCUCAGAUGGUGACUCCAUUAAAAAAAUCAUUAACCAGAUGAAGCCACGACAGUUGAUCAUUGUCCAUGGUCCACCUGAGGCCAGCCAGGACCUUUCAGAGUCUUGCAGAGCUUUUGGUGGGAAAGAUAUUAAAGUUUAUAUGCCUAAACUGCAUGAAACUGUAGAUGCAACCAGUGAGACUCACAUCUAUCAGGUCAGGUUAAAAGAUUCUCUGGUCAGCUCCCUUCAGUUCUGUAAAGCGAAAGAUGCAGAACUAGCUUGGAUAGAUGGUGUCCUGGACAUGCGGGUUUCAAAAGUGGACACCGGAGUCAUUCUGGAAGAAGGAGAGCUGAGAGAAGAUGGAGAAGACUUGGAAAUGCAAGUGGAUAUGCCUUCUUCUGACUCCAGUGUUAUUGCACAGCAAAAGGCUAUGAAGAGUUUGUUUGAUGAUGAUGAUAAGGAAAUAUGUGAGGAGAGUGAGAUCAUUCCUACUCUAGAACCACUGCCACCACAUGAGGUUAUUGGACAUCAGUCUGUUUUCAUGAAUGAGCCAAGACUGUCUGAUUUUAAACAAGUUCUUCUGCGAGAAGGAAUUCAAGCUGAAUUUGUAGGAGGGGUGCUUGUGUGCAACAACCUAGUGGCUGUUCGUAGGACUGAAACAGGGCGCAUUGGAUUGGAAGGCUGUCUUUGCCAGGACUUCUAUAGAAUAAGAGAUCUUUUAUACGAGCAAUAUGCCAUUGUCUAAAGGAGAUGCUGUGAAGAUGAUGUCUUUACUUGAACUUUAAAAGAUAGUGGAGAUUUCUACCUUUUUAUUUUUGUGGGUAUCUUUUUGUAGUUUUCUAAUUUCUACAGAGAAUACUGAUUCUUCAGAAAAGUUAGAC